AUGGCGGCGAGCGGGCUGCUGGGCCGUUUGGUGCCGGGCCGCCUGGCCGGGCUCGCGGCGAGCGCGGGGCUCCGGGCGACUUCGGGGUUCGGGACCCGCGCCCCCGCCGCGCCCCGCGGGCUGAGCGCCCCGUACCCGGCGCUGAGCGCGCAGGCGGCCCGGGACCCCGCCGGCUUCUGGGGGCCGUUGGCGCGCGAGGCGCUGCAGUGGGACGAGCCCUACGGGCGCGUGUGGGACUGCGACUUCAGCGCCGGCAGGAUCGCCUGGUUCCUGGGGGGCCGCCUCAACGUGUCGGUCAACUGCUUGGACCGGCAUGUGCAGACAUCCCCAGAGAGUGUCGCUUUGAUUUGGGAGCGAGAUGAGCCUGGAACCGAAGUGCGUAUUACCUACAGGGAGCUCUUGGAGACCACAUGUCGCUUGGCCAACACGCUCAAGAGGCAUGGCGUCCAACGGGGAGACCGCGUUGCAAUCUACAUGCCUGUGUCCCCUAUUGCCGUGGCAGCAAUGCUGGCCUGCACCAGAAUUGGAGCUGUUCAUACAGUUGUGUUUGCUGGUUUCAGCGCAGAGUCCUUGGCUGGGAGGAUCAAUGAUGCCAAGUGCAAGGUGGUUCUCACCUUCAACCAAGGACUCCGGGGAGGACGCGUAGUGGAGCUGAAGAAGAUAGUGGAUGAAGCUGUGAAGAACUGCCCCACUGUCAAGCACGUCCUGGUGGCACACAGGACAGAUAACAAGGUUCCCAUGGGGCAGCUAGACAUCCCCCUGGAGGAGGAAAUGGCCAGAGAGGACCCCACGUGUGCCCCAGAGAGCAUGGACAGUGAAGACAUGCUCUUCAUGCUGUACACUUCAGGAAGCACUGGAAAGCCCAAAGGACUUGUGCACACUCAGGCUGGCUACCUGCUCUACUCAGCGCUGACACACAAGCUCGUGUUUGGCUACCAGCCCGGCGAUGUCUUUGGCUGUGUUGCAGACAUCGGCUGGAUCACUGGGCACAGCUACGUGGUGUAUGGACCUCUCUGCAAUGGAGCUACCAGUGUCCUGUUUGAGAGCACCCCGAUUUACCCUAAUGCUGGUCGAUACUGGGAGAUGGUGCAGAGGUUACGAAUCAAUCAGUUCUAUGGUGCCCCAACAGCGUACCGGCUCCUGAUGAAAUACGGUCCUUCUUGGGUCAAGAAAUAUGAUCGCUCAUCCCUGAGGACCCUAGGUUCAGUGGGAGAACCAAUCAACCAUGAGGCCUGGGAGUGGCUGCACCAAGUGGUGGGUGACAGCAAGUGCACACUGGUCGAUACCUGGUGGCAGACAGAGACAGGCGGAAUCUGCAUUGCACCUCGGCCCUCAGAAGAAGGGGCGGAGAUUCUCUCUGGCAUGGCCAUGAGGCCCUUUUUUGGCAUUGUACCCGUUCUCUUGGAUGAGAAGGGUAACAUUGUGGAGGGCGGGGAUGUUUCUGGGGCCCUGUGCCUCUCGCAGCCGUGGCCAGGCAUGGCCAGGACCAUCUACGGAGACCACCAGAGGUUCAUGGAUGCCUAUUUCAGGGCUUACCCAGGCUAUUACUUCACGGGAGACGGUGCCUAUCGCACCAAGGGUGGCUAUUACCAGAUCACAGGACGCAUGGAUGAUGUCAUCAACAUCAGCGGCCACCGAUUGGGAACAGCAGAGAUCGAGGAUGCUUUGGCAAACCACCCUGAAGUGCCUGAGUCAGCUGUUAUUGGCUACCCCCAUGACAUCAAAGGAGAAGCUGCGUUUGCCUUUAUUGUGCUGAAAGAUGAUGCAGCUGACUCAGAAGUGGUGGUGAAGGAGCUCAAGUCAGCAGUGGCCACCAAGAUUGCCAAAUAUGCUGUGCCUGACCAGAUGCUGGUGGUGAAGCGUCUUCCAAAGACUCGGUCUGGAAAGGUCAUGCGAAGGCUCCUGAGGAAGAUAGUGACUGGUGGUACUCAGGAUCUGGGGGAUACCACCACCCUUGAGGACCCCAGUGUCAUCAAAGAAAUUCUAAAUGCCUACCAGAAGUACAAAGACAAGCAUCACGAGGCUCAGUGAUUGGCCAACCCAUGAUUCUGAUUUGUCCUUCUAGAAUGCAGCUCUCGGGCUGGCCUUCUUGGAGACAGUACAAGGCUAUUGUCUCCAGCAUAUAACCCGCACUGCCAUGAUGUCAAGUCUGCAUUGAAAUCGCAUCAGCCUUUCUGUGGCAGAAGUGACAGAGACGUUCUCUCAGUCUUGACUAGCACUAUGCUCUUAGUCCUGAUUCUGGUUCCUUAUAAUGAAAAGUCAUGAAAAAGUCACUGCUUUCCCCUUCGUAUCUGUUGUCGACAACAGGAAAUGGGAAAGCUGACCAAAAAGUUCCUCAGCACAGCUGGAUAACAGUGGCAUACAGUUGUUGUUUUCUGGGUCUUUCCAGAUAGAAAAGACAGGGUUUUUUUGCACUUCAGAAAAAUAUUGUAUAAGCACACAUAUGUAAAAUGUGAGUUUACUUGUACCAUGCUCUGUAUAACAUUUAGACUCUUCUUCUGUCUCUGUUUCUGAAGAAAUUGUAGAGAGAACUUUAAGUUCUUGUCACCCUCUUUGUGUGUGUGUGUUUGGUCCUACUUUCCUUGGUUUGUAUAUUAUGAAAUUAAUAAUCUAAAAACAGCUGUAUGAAUAUGCUUUCCUUUUCAUUCUACAUCAACUCCAGUUCCUUGUUCUGUAAGUUGUAAUCAGGAAAGAUGUCCCGCUUCCCAUCUUGAAUGCCUCUUGGUAGACCAGUAUGCUCCAAGUAUGUGGAUUUGUUUAGGGAAAUAGCAAAAAUAUCAGGUGAUUAGACUGAGCACUGAUCUUGCAAGUAUCUAUCUGGUCCUUAUAAAUUUUGCCUGCUGGUGGUAAACACCUUUGAACGUGAGACCUGGGCACUUCUCUGAGUCAGGUCUCACUUUCUUUCAAUGUGCCUUAAUUCUUCUGAAUGUUAGCAAGAUGGUCUAUGUCAUACAGUCACAAGUACAGUUUCUUUAGCCAAGCUGAUGUGGGGUGAGGCUAGGAAGCCCAUUGAGUUAAAUUCAUGAAGACAGAGAAGAUUUCCUGGUCUAUUACCCACAUAGAACCCUACAUCUGGGAGGGUGUUUAUGGGCAUGGGAUGGCAGGGAACUGAGUGUCUUUGAGUGCUAUGGCUGUGCUGGUCUGUCAGAUAACUGAGGAUGUUUUUGGCAUUUUGGGGGUGGCCUUGUCUGUGACACAGAAAUCCUCAAAGUAAUAGUCUGUGCUUAUAGCACUUGGUAGAUGGGUCCAGGACUAGCCUUGCUCCUGCUGGGCCUAGAGGACUUUGGGGGUGGUGCUAUAUAUGAAAUGGCUUUUAUAUUCUCUCAGUGCCAGGUUUUCAGAAUGAUUCAUAUAGCACUUCAAAUAAAGCUUUAUUUUAUUCAGUA